CUGACGUCAAAACUUUGCGACAGUUCAAUUUUUGAACCGGCAAAUUAAAACCAACUAUAAAGAGAACUAAAACAUUGUUUUUUGAAUAGUUUGUUGUCAUGAAAAUGUAAAUAUUGCGCACAUAUAUCAAAAUGUCGCCGGAGCUGGAAAAGUGUCCGAGAAGCGUGUUGGUGUGCGAGAAAUCAAACUUUCUGAAUGAAAAGUCUCGGCAUGACAUCCACGUGUCGAAACACAACUUCAAUUACAAGAUCUCAGUACUGAUACCUGAAUGUGCAAUCCUGCCUGCUAACAUCGCCAGGGUAAUCAACAAUUUCAGCUCUUAUUACUUAGUGCGCGACUUUCCGGUUUAUGAACUACUGCAAGAUCAAAUCUAUGAAACAGUUGUGAAUAAAGGAAAUGUCUAUGCCCUCUCUUACAACACCAGAAUUGAUGAAGAUAAUACCAUUGCACUUCUGUCCAGCGGUCAGCUAGUUUUGUCUCUAGAUAAAGACACAUAUGAGCAGCUCGGCUUGGAGGGACGACCAUCUCUGUACAAUCACAGAAAAGCUAUGAGAUAUAUUGUGACUCUGGAUCUCAGAGACAAAACUUUAGCCCCAGGUACCAAACGAUAUCAAAGGGUUCUGUCAAGUUUAAAGGACAGACUGCCACUCCGAUAUGACUUCCUUUUUACUCAACACAACACAGGUGCAGAUGAAGAUGAGGCUCUUUACCAGCUGUUGUCCCAGUACAAACCUGUAAAGCACCAGCCGGUUCUCAGCAGUCACACCUUGGCAAACAUACCGUGCCCCACACUUUACCCAUCAGAUUUACAAGGAGCUACACUAUCAUGUGAUCCACAUUCAUUCUUGGAGUGGCUUGGGGCUGUCAACCUGGAUAUAAACUGUGAAAAUGCUGCUGACAGUUUUCUGUCGACGCUUGUUUGUCCUGAGCCCCAGAGCUGUGUAAGCCAAGCCCUGCUGUGUAACGUUACUGGUUUUAUUUCACCCGAAGAUGUGUAUUUGCUUCUGCAAGAACUCAGGCAAUAUUUCGAUGAACCAAAAUUUACACCAUGGCUUUCACUCACUGUACAUGGAUAUAUGGAUAGUCCGGUGUCAUGGGGAGCCACAGAACAUGGAUUUCUGAAAGGUGGUGAAAACUUCUACAAUUUUGUUUGUUUCAAGAAUCAGGACUAUUGGCUACACAUGGCUACUGGUGCCCAAGAUGGCUGCCCGCCCUAAUGGACCUUUUUUUUUUUCAUGCGACUGUUUUAUGUUAAGUUAGUUGUACAUCUUGUUUUAAAAAAGCAGAAUAUAAAUCUAAAAUGUACAAUUUCACAUUUCUUUCAAACACCUUUAACAUUUUAAUUAUAAAAGGAGAUAGUUUGAUUUUAAAAUUGUAUUGUAUAUACAUUUAUUUUGACCAGUCAUUUUCACAGCUGUUAUAUGUUCAGGGAAAACCCAUUUCAGAUAUCAUAUAAAAACCAAAACUGACCAGCAUUUGAUACUGAAGGCAGAAAGCAUAUUUACAGCUAUAUUAAAGCAUGGAAGGGGUGAUGCAAAAGAAAAUUAUACUUUUGUCAGUGACUAGGACAAAGAAAGUUUAAUGUUAUAUUCAAACAAAUCCAGUUACUGCUGCUGUAUAUGUUCGAGGUAUAGAGACAGCAAUGCUUUACAUCAAAUGACAACACCCAAGUCAAAAUAUAUCAAGAAGACAACAACAGUGGGAAAAGAGUGCGGGCUGAGCCAAAAUGUAUGUAACAAUGAAAAGCUGCAAUGAAAUUUAGUUUUUUGUCUUC